AGGUGGGUCCCUGGAAGGAGAUGACCAAUCUGACCUGACCCUGCCUUUUUCCUUGGGGAUUUUGGUAUAUUUUGGAGGGUCUUCCCCCCCCCCCGCCCCCAAAUUCUCUGGAGUGCAGUGCUGACAUCAAGAUGUCCAUUAUGGACACAUCUAUUUAUACUUUUUGUUUUUUAAUGUCAGAACAGUGAUGUGAAUACAAUACAAUUCCAGGAAUCCGUCACUUCCUGGAACAGAUUAAAAGGGGCAAACAAAAGAUUACUUAGUUGUGUUUUUUCCCAGAGCUUCAUUACUCCUGGAGCCAGCGUCCAAAGCAAGAAUAUAUUUUCUUAUCUUCAAAAGCACCAAGACUGCGCACAUUUUCCUAGCUAAAGUUGCUGAAAAAUCCGUAAAGUCUUUCUCUGGGCAGCCUGAUUUGCUUUCUGCUUGGCUUCUCCCGGUGUGUGAACUCCAGAGUGCCGUGGAAGAGGUUUGUUGGGAGCAGUCCAGUCUUUUUCUUCCUGUGAAUUCCUAACUAAAGAUUUGUCCUAACUCCUCUGGGGAACAAAGAAGGCGGCAAGAAAAAGGGGAAGACCAUUUUCCCAUCCUAUUGAAGACUUAAUGCGUUUUUCUUGGUCCUGGAGUGACAUGAUCAUCUGUGUUCAGGGACCCCAUCCUUUGCUGGCAGAGGAGAAGUUCAGGAGACAGUCGCUCAGAGGCAUUGCAGUGGAUUUGUCCGAGCAGAUCAUGCAACCUCGCUCCGUUACGGUCUUCCAGGGAGAAUCUGCUCCUGCCUUCAUGGCACCUGCUCCUGAGAAUAACCUGCCUCGGAUGCGAGAUCCUGAAGAAGACCUGCUAUGCAUUGCAAAAACCUUCUCCUAUCUGCGAGAAUCCGGCUGGUAUUGGGGGUCUAUCACAGCCAGUGAGGCCAAGCAGCAUCUUCAGAAGAUGCCUGAGGGUACCUUCCUGGUACGGGACAGUACCCACCCCAGCUACCUGUUCACACUCUCCGUCAAGACCAACCGGGGUCCCACCAAUGUGCGCAUUGAAUAUGCCGACAGCAAGUUCCGGCUCGACUCAAACUGCCUUUCCAAACCCCGCAUCCUGGCCUUCCCAGAUGUGGUCAGCCUUAUCCAGCACUAUGUCAUGUCCUGCACAGUGGAGAACAAGAAUGAGGCCCCUUACACACCGCCCUCACCCCUGUCCUCCAUGCAAAAGGAGAUGGUGGCUGCGGCAGUGCACUUGAAGCUGAUACGGCCACUCAGCCGCAAAGACAGUGUCCCCAGCCUACAGCACCUGUGCCGGCUACAGAUUAACAAGUCGACAGAGGAGGUGGACCAGCUGCCCCUGCCCAGGAGGAUGGGGGACUAUUUGAAGCAAUAUCCCUUCCAGCUCUGAGGUGCAGCCGACUGGCCUCAGACCAACAGACUAGAAUCUUGAUGUCUUUUUGUCUCGCUGAAGCAUAGCAUCAAGGGGGUACAGUAAAGACAUGGUCAUCAGCAGUGAUUGCAUCCACUUUUCCUCUCCCCUCCCCCAAUUCCAUGUCUACACCAGGGAGGGGCUGGUUGUACCUGUGAACUGUGGGACACAAUCUGACUUCCGAGCCGCAGAGGCUUGAAGGAAAUGCUCUUGACACGUGCACACUACUUGAAUUUUAGAGCUGCCAUGACGUUAGGAGUAUUACCAGUGUUUUCAUCACUAUUUAUUUCCUUGGUAGCCUCUCUCCUGAUAUUUUAAAACACCUUUUAGUCCA